AUGUCUAGAAUGCACACCUUGUCUGCGAAGCUGGUUGGCGCUGCCCGGUUCUCGUAUUGCUUCUUGGCUAAGCCGGCGGAGGGGAUUAUGGGUCAUGAGAUGAAUGACGCGAUUGAGCGUUCGCAGGAGGAGUACCGGCGGUUGGAUGCGCAGAGGCGUACCAUGCGCGGAAGUGGGAGUAUGGUCACAAAUGGCCUGGGGCAGACAACAACAAUAGCAACAGCACCUUCAGCAACGGCGACAACAGCAACACUGUCAUCAUCGCCGACGACGACAGCAGUAACAGCAACAACAUCAGUACUAUACAAUUUCGGCCCGCUCAAAGAAGUUAACAUCAUCCUCGACAUGUCCUAUUCGCAAUACGCAGCUCAAGGGUUCCCGUACCCCAACACGCUGACAAAGAUUGUGAUGACCAUUUUGGUGCCAGAUCAAGGAUAUAUCAUAGCUGGUCUGGGUGGUCUUUUGUUGAGCAAGUGCCCUUUAUUGGAGGUCUAUGAGAUCCAUGGAACGCCGGAGGUGGAGUUGACCUGGACACCGCCCACCACUACUACCAUCGAUCAAGAACAGGAGCAACAGCAACAGCCUCUUGCGCUUCGGUCACUCGUUUUGGACAACGUCAGGUUCGACCAAGGCAGUCUCGAGAACCUGCUGACGUUCACGCCCAAGCUGAAGUUGCUCAAACUGAUCGCCAUGCCCUCGGGGGACGAUGUCCACGGAUAUGACUGGCUCCGAUUUCUUCGCCACCUCCAGUCCCUUCCAAUAUCUCUGGAUACCAUCCAUAUUUCAACCCACAACCAACGGACACCCCCCGAGGUCCUCCAAUCACUGUCAGAGAUUUACACUUCGCCCUCAUCCUUUUCGGAAUGGAAUCUCUGGGCACUCGACACUUCACCAUCACUACUGAAAGAUCUGGAACUACGCACUAGCAACAACAGUCUGACAACCCUGGAACUUUUGUCCAAAGCACAGCGUUCAGGAACAUCUUGCCUUUUGUCAGAACUUAAGGGUGCACCAUUGUUCCUGCAUCAGAUCCUCACUACAUCCGACAAACUAAUGCAUCUCAGGACGCUCAAGACGAUUGUUCGACUGGAAGAUUGGGACAUUCAUCGCCGAGGAGGGUAUUUCCUACUGGAUGACCCGAGCAUCACCCUGAACAACAUCAACAACAAGAGCGGUAAUAGCACCAGGAUCUAUGGAAACGACAACAUCGACAUGUACGCCGCCACCGCUGCCGCUACUCUGUACACAUCUGAACCCACAAGACCAAAGCCAAUCGUUUGGCGCUGCCGAGGACUCCAGACCCUGCAUGUCGAAGUCCACGCACCAAACAAGUUCAUGUCAACAGUGCCAGUCCAGAGCCGGAUUAUCUUUGGAUAUAUAUCUCGCGUGUUUCCUAUGCUAGAAGAGCUCAGGGUUCGCACUCCACAUUUCUGCCAGAGCACGAAAAUAACCCACGACCUCGACUGUCCCAAGAUCCGACUGGAACUGGAAGGCGGGUUGUGUUUGCUAGGUCGACUGAAGCACCUUCAGAGACUAGAUGUGAGGCCAGGGAAUAAUGCGUCAUGGGUCCUCGACAAUGUUAGGGAGGUGGACUUGGACUGGAUGAUACCAUCAGGGCACACUUUCAGGUCGAGGUGGGCAAGACAAAAGGAGGUCAAGCAGUGGCAGCAACGACGUGAUGAGGAAAAGAAAAUUGAGGUGGCGCAAGUGCCUCAGAAGAAAGCAAUUGGAGAUGUUUCAGCAGUAACCGAGGUGCUGGGUCAGCUCCGGAAUUUAGGGCUAUUGAAGGAUGUGAAGGAGAUGGUCAAGGAGAUGGAGUCCAUGUCUGUACCACCAUUACAGUCGUUGGAGGGACUUUCUCUGAGGCACUCGUACUUUGUGUGGCCUGAGAAUGAAAUCAAGUAUGUUUUGUCCUCUUAG